CCAGCUCCCCAUUAAAUAGGCAUCGCUGUUCCCAAACCAAGAAUUAAAUGCAGCAGCUGGAUUCUCCACCCACCUUUCCUCUUCUCUCUCCUCAAAAAUUUAAAACUCCCCUUAAACAAAAAUAACUCCUCCACGGCUCCACAUCUCCACCUUCACAUCCACCUCCUUUUUUUUCUCUCUCCUAAAAAAUGAAACUCCCCCUUUUUCUCUCUCUCAAAUGUCCGCCAUUCCUCCACCUUCCUCUCACUCCUCUCACUUCACUUUCUCUCUCAAAAACCUUGGACUCGGCUACGCCAUAGCCAUCGCUUUUGGCUUCCUCGUCCUCUUCUCCGCCCUCCUCCUCUCUUCUUACAUCUGCUGCCGCGCUAGCCGCCGUCGCCGCCUCCACGCUCCUCCCCUCCCUAACUCCUCCUUCGAAAACGGCAUCAUCGUUCCUCGUAUAAUCUUCGUUGCCGAAGACGACGACGACGAGGAAAACCAAAACAGAGCCUCAAACGGCGUCGUUGGCCUCGAUCGUGCUGUCAUUAACUCUUACCCUAAAUUCCAAUUCUUCAAGAAGAAUCUAGAAAAUAGUAACGGCGAUAAUCUCAUGUGCUCAAUUUGUUUGUGCGAUUACAAAGAAGGUGAAAUGUUAAGAAUGAUGCCGGAUUGUAACCACUUUUUUCACCUGUGUUGUUUGGAUGCGUGGCUUAAACUUAACGGUUCUUGCCCUGUUUGUCGAAAUUCUCCGUUACCUACGCCUAUUUCUACGCCGUUAGCGGAGGUUGUCCCCCUUUCUCAGUACCCUGAUAAUCGCCGCAGGUCUAAUGUCGUUUCCUCCUCUUAAUUUGUACUAUAUUUUUUAGGUCUACUUAAUUUUCUCUGUUCUUAAUUUUUGCCUCUUGUUUAGAGUGUGGUUGAUUUGAUCCAAAGAAGGGCAGAUGUAAACACAAAUUGAAUUUACGGGUUGUUUUAUGUUAUUUACUUGCCUAAUUCAUGCAAAUAUUUACCACGGGCGCUUGUCCAUUAAUGUUUGAUUA